AUGGCAGACGCGACGCCCGCCGAGCCGCAGCCCCCGGCCGCCGCGGAGCCCGAGCCCGAGCCCGAGCGGGGGCGCGCCCCGGCGGCGGACGGUGAGGCCGGGCGGCUGCCGGCCCCCGGGGCGGCGGCGACGGCGGCGGAGGAAAAGGAGGCGGCAGCGGAGGGCGCGGGCGGCGCCGAGGGGCGGCCGGCGGAGGGCGGCGCGGCGCGGCCCGGCCUGGGGCCGCGGUACCGGGCGGCCGUGGGGCGCGCCGAGGAGUGGCCGGCCAAGAAGAAGCACCGGCGGCGGCCGUCGAAGAAGAAGCGGCGCUGGAAGCCCUACUCGAAGCUGAGCUGGGAGGAGAAGCAGCAGUUCGACGAGCGGCAGAGCCUCCGCGCCUCGCGGCUCCGCGCCGAGAUGUUCGCCAAGGGGCAGCCGGUGGCCCCCUACAACACGACGCAGUUCCUGAUGGAGGACCACGACCAGGAGGAGCCCGACCUCAAGACCGGGCUGUACCCGCGGCGGGCGGCCGCCAAGUCGGACGACACGAGCGAGGAGGACUUCCUGGAGGAGGCGGCCGAGGAGGACGGCGGCAGCGACGGUAUGGGGGGCGACGGCAGCGAGUUUCUGCAGAGGGACUUCUCGGAGACCUACGAGCGGUACCAUGUGGAGAGCCUGCAGAACAUGAGCAAGCAGGAGCUGGUCAAGGAGUACCUGGAGCUGGAGAAGUGCCUCUCCCGCAUGGAGGACGAGAACAACCGGCUGAGGAUGGAGAGCAAAAAGUACGGGGGGGAGGCGGCGGAGGCGGCCCGGGUGCGGCAGCUGGAGCUGGAGGUGGACAGGUUGCGAGCCGAGAACCUGCAGCUGCUGAAGGAGAAGGACCUGCACAGACAGGAGAAAGCCCCCAGCAAGCUGGGGGAGUGACACUGGGGGGGGGACGGGGGGGCUUUUUACAGUGGUGGGAUGUAACAUUAUAUACAUGUGUACAGAGACGCCGGCGGACCCUUUUUACGACGCGUAAUCGGAAUAAACCACAGCCUUGUAUCGGUUUGAUGCUCUCGCUGUAGUGUAGUGUGUGUGCUGCUCGGCCUGUGUGCAGCUGAGGCUUCCCCCUUUUUUAGGUGGCUGUGACGGGGCUAGGGGAGGGGUUGAUGUAUAAGUGAACUCGAUUUAUGAUGCUUUUUUUUGUGUGUGUGUGUGUUUAAACCAAAAAUGAUCCCCGAGAAACCUGUAAAUUGGCCAAAACUGACUAUAAAAUUAUAGAGGUCUAAUAAAUUUAAUUACUUGUAACUGUAA